CAUGGAUAGUUUCCGUAAGGGAGGUACACGCUUCAGGUGAGUAAGAUAAGGAGAUGUGUUUGAAAUAAGGAGGGGAGAGAGAAGCAACGAUAUGACUAACAAGCAUUCUGACAGAAGAUCACAUAGAAGGCAGGGCGCGAAAACAUGUCUAUCAUCAAGAGGAGGGAGAGACAGCUCCGCGAAAGGCAUUUUGGUAAAAGGUGAACCUUGAUGAUCCCAGUGAUCUGCGCACUGUUGAUUGUGAUAUUGUGAUCUUCCUGACAGGAAUGUGUGCCCUGCAUUGAAGCAGAAGGAAAGCAUUAGCUGAGCAAAAAAAAUCUGCUGUGUACCGCUUCCUCAUAACAUCCACCUUACGGAAAUAGCCUGUGAUAGAAACAGAACGUUUUGACUCAGCACACACAACUGGCACAGGUGCAUGAAAGAGUGACAGGACAACGAUAAUGAGACAUUGUGGUUCGAAAUGCUACUACUAGUGCGUGUUGAAGUUGUUGUUUGUACAGGAGGAUUUUGUAAACAUGGAUUUGAUGGAACGAUUGACACCGGAAAUGGAUAAACAUACCACAGUUAAGGAGGAGCCACACUGGAGGGACACCAUGUAUCUCAUUCAACUUUCCUCCCACUUAGGAGCAGGUGGGGACACGGUAGACAGUAAGCUCCAAACAAAAAGGACUGUUUAUUUGAUAGUUUUUUCAUCCAUAUAUCCUGAGAGCAAUGGCCAGACUAAUAUGGAUUUGUAUUCGGCUGUUAUCUGUUGUGGACUCAUCUCAGAUGUCGAGCCAUCCCAUCAUUGGGAUUCUUGGAAAGUCCAUCAUGUUGACUUGCAGCCUGAAUUCAUCUGCACCCAUUGUCCCAGCAAGACUCACACUCUACUGGACAGCAAGACUCAAGCACCAGAAGGAGGAGCAAGUAGUCCAUGCCUUAUACAACGGAGAAGAGAACAACGACCCCCAAUUUCCAGUCUACAAAAACAGGACGCAAAUCUUCAAGGACCAGCUUUCUUCUGGGAAUUUCUCCCUCUUGCUCAAAGAUUUAAGGGUUGAAGAUGACCUCGCAACUUUUUUCCUUUUUUAUCAUCAAGAGGAUGGAGAUUACAACACACUUAACCAAAACAAAGAGAUGUGCGUGACCACUGUGAAAGUAGCAAAAAGCUACCAUAAACCCAUUGUGACAGUGAACUAUGAAGAAUGGAAGGCAGAAUGCACUUCUCAGGGAGGCUACCCUAAACCUAGACUGACCUGGACCAAUCAGAACGGCUUACUAGACCCCGAGGUUCCUCAGAUUGUUCAGGAUGCAGGAAGUGGAACAUUGAACAUUUCCAGCACGGUGAACAUCACAGAGAAUCAGACUGUGACAUGCGCCAUCUUCAACCCGACUCUGAAAGAGACCUUGAACACCACAAGAUCAACAGGCGGGGAGCAGGAGGGCCUCUCGAGCAGCAUAAAAGCAGGGAUUGGUGUUCUGGCUGUUGCCGUGAUUGGGUCAGCACUGGUGUUAGUCUACUGGAAAAAGCAUGCAACGGAAUGGUGGCCGAUACACAGGAGAUGAGCCCACUACGACAUAGCCUACUCCAAUGUGUGCUUACUACAAAGUGUUAAACUGGUAAUGUUGAUAAAAUAUUGAUCUAUAGAAUGUUUUUUAUCAUUGUUACCAUUUGGCACUUACACCUUUAAUACAUUUUGAUCCCAGGAUGUGACUGAACACAGUGUCAUAGUGCUGUUAGGAACAAGGUCACUCAAGAAUAGGGUUCUCUAGCUACUAAAAUACCUAACCGCAAUUUUGAUUGAUUACUUGUUAGUACAGUUGAAGUCGGACGUUUACAUACACUUAGGUUGGAGUCAUUAAGACUUGUUUUUCAACCA